GCACGAAUGCAAGGAGCUAGGACGGCUUUCCAUGGCUAUCCCAGGCACCACCCCACUGUCCCGACGGACCUCCUCGGUCUUUGUCGUCCUUUCGUCAGAAGCACAGGGGAGGUCGUUGCCCGGGAAGCCGAGCCUGACGCUGGUGCCUUGCGUUUUCUAUACGUAUUAAUAUUCCGGUCACGACGUAUCCAAGUCUCUGAGUGGUGUUUGUCACUCUAACUCUUGCCGCUUCUGCCGAUCCGACUCUAUCCCCUCUUCGUCUUCGUCUUCGCCUUUGUCUUUUUACUAGGUACUUAAGGCAUUCCCGCAACCAAAAGUACGCUGGUCGGAUAUAACAAGAAGAAAACAACAUACAGAAGCGAUUUAUUAUAAGACGAAGCAAUCAAAAUGGCUUCGGCGAGACAGUUUCCCACCAUUAAAGCUGUUCGAUCAUACGUGAUUGGUGGUGUAGGCUCAGGUGGUGACUAUCACAAUGUCAAAGGUGGCCAUUGGCUGAUCGAUACCGAUAUCUCUACGCCGUGCUCUAUCUGGGACCAAUAUAAGAAAUCGAGAACGAGCUGGGGUAUCAACGUCCUCGGCUCGUUCCUCGUUGAGAUCGAGGCCAGCGAUGGCACUGUAGGCUUUGCGACGGGCUUUGGCGGCCCACCGGCUUGCUGGAUCGUUCACAAGCAUUUCGAGCGAUUCCUAAUCGGGGCUGAUCCCAGAAAUACCAACCUACUCUUUGAGCAGAUGUAUCGAGCUUCUAUGUUCUACGGCCGUAAGGGAUUGCCGAUAGCCAUUAUCUCGGUCAUUGACCUGGCCCUGUGGGAUUUGAUAGGAAAGCUGAGAAAUGAGCCGGUGUAUAAGCUCAUCGGCGGUGCUGCGAGAGAGCGGAUAGACUUUUACUGCACGGGACCGGAGCCGACAGCGGCUAAGGCGAUGGGUUUCUGGGGCGCCAAGGUUCCCUUACCUUAUUGCCCGGCUGACGGCCACGAGGGACUGAGGAAGAAUAUUGCGUUCCUUCGCAAGCACAGAGAAAGCGUAGGACCGGACUUCCCUAUCAUGGUCGACUGCUACAUGAGCUUGAACGUGUCAUAUACUAUCGAAAUUGCCGAGAAGUGCAAGGACUUGGACAUUAACUGGUGGGAAGAGUGUCUGACGCCCGACGACACGGAUGGCUUUGAGCAGAUCAAGCGAGCCCACCCAACCCUCAAGUUCACGACAGGAGAACAUGAGUAUUCCAGAUACGGAUUCCGCAAGUUGAUCGAGGGCCGCAACCUAGACAUCAUCCAGCCGGACGUGAUGUGGUUGGGUGGUAUGACGGAACUGCUUAAGGUGUCCGCCAUGGCUGCUGCGUACGAUAUUCCCGUGGUGCCUCACGCAAGCGGACCUUACAGCUACCACUUUGUCAUUUCGCAGCCCAACACUCCCUUCCAGGAGUACUUGGCGAACUCGGCGGAUGGCAAGAGUGUCCUUCCGGUGUUUGGCGACCUCUUCCUUGACGAGCCUAUUCCGACCAAGGGCUACUUGACGUCCGCCGACCUCGACAAGCCCGGUUUCGGUCUUACCUUGAACCCGGCAGCGAGGUCAAAACUGAUCCCGUCAGACUACCUUUUGAGCCCGCCUCCGGCUAACGUCUUGCAAACGGCGACAGGGCUACCGGACUCGAAGCCGACUGGAGAGAAAGCUACCUAGAGAGGUAGC